CCAUCAAAAUAGAAAUUCAGUCGGUGAGAAGCCAUUAUGAUUCACACAGUGAUCUGUCAGACGGCGCAUUGAAGCAGAGUUUAUUAGACACAGUUGCGCCUGCUGCAUUGGAAUAUCUUAUCCAAAAGGAUACAGUCAAGAACAAAGUCGAAGUAGCCAAGGAGUUAUAAGAUUGGUUUUACGAAAACUGCAUUUUCUACUCAGGAGUGCGGUUUUGAGGCGGAGGGAUCUAUCUGACGAGAGCAGAAGCCAAAGAGUGGGGGGAAAGCGAUCUACAUCCGCUCCCUUCGAAUUUUCACUUUUAAUCGUUGUUUUCCAUCGGUGCUCGGAUUUUUUUCUUGUUCUCUGCCCUUAUUUAGAUGGCAAGCUUCCCAGACUCUAUUAACGAAAAUGAUAUAGGUAAGGCAAAGUUCAUUGGUGAACUCCUGGUGCCUGUUGCUCCCUUUGACCAGAAGUCUGGACGCGAAGCUUGGACUGUAGCCUUUGCGCCCAAUGGUUCUUACUUCGCUUGGUCUCAGGGGCAUCGCAUUGUAAGGCUUAUUCCCUGGACAAAAUGUCUGACCAAUUUUUCAGUGGGCCAAGAUGGAGAGAGCACUAAUGCCUUAAGUCCCCGACGCGUUUCCCGUCAGAACAGUGAUGGAAGCCAGUGUGUACAGACAGCCGGUGAUCCCAGAGAGCACACCAUUGACUGCGGGGACAUUGUCUGGGGUUUAGCUUUCGGUUCAUCCGUGCCCGAGAAGCAGAGCCGCUGUGUAAACAUCGAAUGGCACCGGUUCAAAUUUGGCCAGGACCAGUUGCUGCUGGCAACUGGACUCAACAAUGGUCGCAUAAAAAUCUGGGAUGUUUACACUGGAAAACUGUUGCUGAAUCUGAUGGAUCAUUCUGACGUAGUGCGAGACUUAACCUUUGCUCCUGAUGGCAGUCUCAUGCUGGUCUCCGCAUCCAGAGAUAAGACCCUCCGUGUGUGGGACCUCAAAGAUGAUGGUAACAUGGUGAAAGUUUUGCGGGGUCACCAGAAUUGGGUCUACUGCAGCGCCUUCUCCCCUGACUCAACCAUCCUGUGCUCAGUCGGCACAGGCAAAGCAGUGUUCUUAUGGAACAUGGAUAAAUACACGUUAAUCCGGAAGUUGGAGGGCCACCACAAUGACGUGGUGUCUUGUGAGUUUUCACCAGAUGGGGCACUGUUGGCCACUGCCUCUUAUGACACACGGGUCAUUGUCUGGGAUCACCACAAGGCCACCAUCCUUCUUGAGCUAGGCCACCUCUUUCCUCCACCAUCACCUAUUUUUGCUGGAGGGUCGAAUGACCGCUGGGUGCGCUCUGUGAGUUUCUGUCCCGACGGCCGCCACAUUGCCAGCAUUACUGAUGACAGACUGGUUCGUUUCUGGAGUAUUGAAGAAAGAGCUCCUGAGGCCAUCGCCUCGCUCUCCAAUGGCCUUUGCUGUGCCUUCUCUCCUGAAGGAAGUGUCCUUGCUGCUGGGACUCGUGACGGCGGUGUGCACUUUUGGGAGUGUCCUCGUAGCACUGCUAGCUUGCAGCAUUUGUGCAGGAUGGCUCUUCGGCGGGUGAUGACCACGCAGCAGGUGGAGUCGUUGGCCAUUCCCAAGCCGCUCCGUGACUACCUGGCCUACAAAGUCAUCUGAUUUUCCUCUGAUUUUCCCGCUGGCCGCCCACGCAGCCUGCCGGUUAGCUGAGAAUGAAUCACUUUGUCUCUGUGUUUUCAGAGAACUCUUCAAGAUCUGUGAAAGUUGAGAGGAUGCAGUUUGCCAUUUGAAUAACAUCAUCUCAAAUUUGCAGCACAUUGUCACAGAGUAGGAUGUUAUUUUGUAUAUAUUUAUUUUUGUAAUCGCGUCUAAUACGACGGGGCGCUGGGGCCAACGCGCCACCGGUGCCUUUAAGGUCAACUUUUUUCCUUCUGUAUAUUUGUCUCCUUCAUCAAUGAGUAUUCAGCUUCUCCUUUCUGACUCAGGCUCACUUGAACAGUCUUCAUCUUUUCCUCUGACUUGAAAUGGCUGUUGCACUUAGUACAAGGAGCCUUGCCGUGAUGCACGGUUGAAAUGGCGACUUUUCUGUUUGCACAUGGGUGAGCUCGCAUCAGAAAUAAGAGCAUAUCAUUCUUGAACACUAGCAUCUGGGUCCAUUUUACAGCUUGCAGGAAUUUACUGGCUUCCAUCGUAUCGGAUACGAAAUGCUGUAAAAUUGAACACUUUACAAUUGCUGUGUGUUAGAAGUCAUUGUCAUAAUAAUUGUGGAUGUGGGAUUCCGCGUGGGUUCCGUUCACCUGUUUUGGCGGCUCAUCUUCAAGGGAUUGCCGAUAGUUUUUAAAAAAUACCUCCGUGAAGUUUGCUCCCCUUCAGACGUGAAUUUAUAUAAAAAUGUCAAUCAUUUGUGCAACGUUAGUGUUUGUUUGUUUUGUGAAAAGUUUUGUUUGUGCUGCUAUCAUUUUUAAGGUAUCGAGAUAUUAAUUUCGAGUGUCGAUGUCACGCAGCCCCCCCAUUUAUUGCUGUAAAAAAUUUUGUUUGUGCCGCAAUCAUUUUAUAGAUAUUGAGAUAUUAAUUUGGAGUAGAGACGUCAAUCGUGACCUCUCCGUAAUGGCUGACACAGCGUACCAACUCUCUCAAUAACAGGAGGGUGUUCCAACAACUAGCGCAAAUGCAAAAGCUUGAGAUAUUGAUUUCGAGUGAUGUGGGGGAUGCAGCAAAAUUUACUGCCAAUGGACCUGAAGAGGUGCCAUUUGUUUGUGCUACGUUUGCGCUCGUUGUUGAGACACCCCUCCGUUAUUGAGAGAGUAGGUACGCUCCAUCAGCCACGGGAGUUGAAUACGGAAAAGCUACGAGUGACGUCAUAACUUGAAAUUAAUAUCUCUAAAAGGAUAGCAUCAUAAACGACAAUUUUACAGCACAAUCAAGCACAAAUGUAGAAUAAACCAAUGGCACCAUUUUGGGUCCAUGUCUCAUUAAAUGGGGGUGCUGCGUGAUGUCAUCACUCAAAAUUAAUAUCUCAAAAAUGACGGCAACAAAAUUUUAUGCAGCAUAAACGAGCAUAAACGAUUGACGCCAUUUUUAGUCAAAAUGGGGGCUAGUUGACCUCAGAUUGAGCUAUAAAAAGAAUUGCAAAUAGUAAAAAAAAAAAAAAAAAAAAACAGCAGCACAAGCAAUUGACAUAAUUUAUACAUAAAUUUGCGUCUGAUAGCUCAAAUGAUUAAUUGCCCUUGCAAGGUAAACUUGUAUGCUUUCUCUGCUGUUCAAGAAUGUUAUUUGGAUUGAGCUGUAUACAAUGGUGAAGAAUAAUUUUUGUUAUUCUGAAUCUCCCAAAAAAAGCCGAUUUAUGGGAUAUACUUUUCAAAUUAAAAGGUGUAAACACUAACCGCUUCUUUCUCUGAGCAACUCCUUUACAAACAAAAUAGGUUUACUUUUCCCCAGUCAUGUUUGUUUAUCAUCUUUGUCCGAGCGCCAAUCUCUUCCAACUGUGUUCAAAGCAAGUGUAGCACUUUCACCGUGCAAACUGACUCUGAAAUAAGUGUUCUUUUCCUGCCCUCCAAUGGCAAUCAGUGUUUGAAUAACCUCUAAUGAAAACCAAAGCACCUCUUGCGCUUAGCUGUCAACUUGUGUAAAAUCUUUUAUACUCAACUCUGAGGUAUAUAAUGUACAGUACAUACAAAAAAUGUAAUCUUAUCAAUAUGAACUUAUUAUUUUGUUGGUUUGUUUUGUUUUCAAUAAAUGUGAAAGUUUAUAAGCGAGUCAAGUUAAAGCUCAAUCUUUUUGCUACUUCAUGUCCAUCCUACGUGGAAAUAAAUCAUUGGAAAUUCUACGAGUCUAAAUGCGGUCUCGCUAGAUGCAAGUUUGCGUGAUUAGGAAUAUGCACAAUCCAGUCAUGCUUUGCAAUGCUCCAUUUGUCGAGUUCCAGUUGUACUGUAUGUGUAUGAGAGAAUCUGAAGGGAAAGUGAGACUGUUUAGUGUUAAUGUCAGCAAAUCAGUGCCGAGCAGCUGUCAGAUUCUUCUGAGCAAUAAGUUGUCAGCAGCUGAAGGUUGCAUUACCCAGCGUGAAGGUACAUGUACAGAAGAAGAUUGAUGCAGUAUGAAUUGCAAAAGUUAUCAACUGAAUGUAACCUGCCAUUUUAAGGUAGUGUACUUUUUUUGUAGUUUGAAUAAAGGCUUUUUGACAAUA